GCUAGUAGGCAUUUUACGGCCAGUUCACGGCCAAGUUCGCGGCUAGACGUGCACAGCUACAGAUGCGGGAGCUUUUCACCUCUCUUUUAAGUGGUUUAUCUUUGAUGUGCCGCCUGGAACAGACAUGUUUGCGAUACUUGUGGCCGGGAGACUGGUGCAAACCGAGUGCACGCAGGUUAGCGAGACGCAGUUUCUCUUCGACGUGCAGGACGCAGACUCCGUGAAUCACGUCGCCGUAUUUCUCACUGGUCUGCAGCCGUUUCCAGACACGCACGGUGGCGCAGUGUACUUCAGUUGGCCGGAUCCUAGUGGCGCCGCCCGGUGGCAAUUGCUGGGACACAUCUCGAAUAACAAGCCCAGCGCCAUAUUCAAGCUUUCCUCGUUGAAAAAGAGUGGCGAGGACAUCGCGAACCCGUUUGGCGCCGCGCCGGCGCACCACCUAGCGCAGAUCGGCAUCUCCGUCGAACCUCUCGACCAGCUAGCAGCGCAGGUCCCAGCAGGUGGCGCCGCCGUCUCCACCUCGGACACGUUCACCGAGUUUGCGAACAAGACGCUGGAGAGCCUCUUCAACUACGCGUCGUCGUUUGCAUCGACGGCGACGCCUUCUGCCGGCGAGGCGACGCUGCCGCUUAGCGUGCUGCAAAACUGGUACAUGACGUUCCGCAGACGCCUCGAGCAGAACCCGCUAUUCUGGAGGACGUGACUGCGCCGGCCGCCAGGGGGCUUCACUACCGUGUCGUGCCUCCAGGGGGCACUGACGACGUGAAAUGUUCGCGUGUUUUCAAAACGAUGCAGAGAACUCGGCGAUAAUUUUGGCGACAAGUUCUCUGCGUCGUUUUGAAAACACGCAAACAUUUCACGUCGUCAGUAUACAUAUAUAUAGUAUAUAUUUAUAUAUAUAUAUCAUAACACCUCACUUACACAAAAUCUAGGUUGCACUACAUAUAUAUAUAUAUAUAUAUAUAUAUAGUUGUGUAUAGAGUGAUAGCUGGUUGUUGAGUGAUGCAUGAUGCAUUAACAGUCAACGUACUAAUCUCAUGCGUAGAUGUGUUGUAGUAGAGAAGACUACGUGGCGAUGUUAUAAGACAUGAAUAUGUUCCUCGUGUUAGUACGAUAUAUACUACAACUAAAGUCUGUUAUAACCAUCGGAGAGAAAAGUGAGACUUAGUGAGAUUAUAGAGAUCUAUUUUAGAGAAAUAUAUAUAUAUAUAUAUGUGCGCGCGUGUGUGUGUUGGCUACUCGUCUGUACUUUAUAUAUACUAUUAAUUUAGCAAUCACCAGUGAGCUGAUGUGGUUGCUUUUUUCUUUAGCUGUCAAUGCUGUGCUCAUUAUCAUACUAUGCUUGCAAGAUAGAGUUCUCUGUCUAUUGCUCUUCCCCUCCUCACUAUCUCUCUCUCUCUCUAUCUUUUUCUUUCUCUCUAUCUUUCUCUCUCUCACACUUUCUCUCUCCCCGUCUCU